CAGAAUUUAAAAAAAUAUAAAUUAAAAAUAAGGUCUUAGUCUCAUCUUCGCCACCUUGACGAUGAAACGAUAUGUUCCAUUAGUAAAAAGUAGAAACAAUGGGUAACGUUAAAGGGGCAGUCCAACCUGUUUGAAGGAUGGUUUUGUUACUUAUGUCAACAUGGAAUAUUUGUAGUGCUCUGUGACGCCCUCUGUACUGAAACCUAGAGCCAGGUAAAGACUUGCCAGUAGGUGGACCAGAAAGCUGACAAUACACUAGCCGAGAAUAUCUACAUUGUUCUAAUGGUAGGACCAGACCAGAUGCAUCUAACGAGUUGUUUAGAUUAUUCAGUACAUUUACUGCUUUAUCUCACUGUUGAACAUUCACACCAAAGUCCAUGGAGAAAAUCAAUGAUUUUUAUCUGAGGGGGCGCUCACAAAGCACUAUCAGCUGCAUACACAUUCAUUUUUUAACAUCUCAUGAAACCACACUACAAAAUAUCUCAAACUGUCACUUUUAAACUGCUCUACAUUUAUUAGGUUUAUUUUGUUUUACUUUUAAUGUUGCUCCACAAAGGAACAGCAGGAUGUUUAAUCAAAAGUAAUUUGGGUCAAAGGAAAGUUCUAGGUGUGUGUUUAAUUUGUGCAUGUGUUAGCCUUCAAGCUUAUGUGUUAGCGUGUUAGGUACAUGCUGAUGUACCCCCAUGGCUGUACAUGCGUGUGUUCUUUGCCGUAGGCUUCCCAAAGGAGCAUGCCUUGGGCUUGCUAGUUGCCAGGUGAAGCCACCCAAAACCACGAUGUCCUGUAACAAAGGAGAUUCCACACAGUCCAACAAAGAAAACCAGACCCAGGGCACGGAGGCCAUGAUUCUGGAGAGUGUGAUGUUUGCCAUCCUGGCUGAGAGGGAACUGGGUCCAAAACUCUACGGUAUUUUCCCUCAGGGUCGACUGGAGCAGUACAUUCCUAGUCGUAAACUGGACACCAGUGAGUUGAGUCACCCCCCCAUCUCAGCCGAGGUGGCGGAGAAGAUGGCCAAGUUCCACGCCAUGAGGAUGCCCUUCAACAAGGAACCCAAGUGGCUGUUUGGAACCAUGGACAAGUACAUGGACCAGGUGAUGAACCUCGACUUCACCAGAGAAUCACAUCGCUGUCGUUACAACCGCCUGCUCAGCUACAACUUACCACAGGAAAUGGAUGUACUGAAGUCUCUGCUCGACUCCACCCCUUCUCCUGUCGUCUUCUGUCACAACGACUGUCAGGAAGGGAACAUCCUGCUGCUGAACGCUCAGAACACGGAGGACAGACAGAAGCUGAUGCUCAUCGACUUUGAGUACAGCAGCUACAAUUACAGAGGCUUCGACAUUGGAAACCACUUCUGUGAGUGGAUGUACGACUACGACUGUGACGAGUUCCCUUACUUCAGUGUCAACACACAGGCUUAUCCGUCAAAGGCUCAGCAGCUCCACUUCAUUGAACACUACCUGCGUGAGUCUCACUGUGGCUUUGAUGAUCUGAGUGAGGAGGAGCAGAGGAGGCUGAAGGAGGACAUGUACCAGGAGGUGAACAGGUUCUCCCUGGCGUCCCACUUCUUCUGGGGUUUGUGGUCCAUCAUCCAGGCUCGACUCUCCACCAUACAGUUUGGAUACCUCGACUACGCGCUUGCUCGAUUCGACGCCUACUUCCAGCAGAAGAAGAUCUGGGCGAAGUAACAGAGAGAGAGAGAGAGAGAGAGAGAGAGAGAGAGAGAGGGGAUUGGAUCCAGCAUGUUAAGACAAAGGUCUGACGAUGAGCUCCGCCCCUAACUCCACACUCGCAGCUCAGCGUAGACUUGAUGCUGCCUCCUGUUGGUGCUUUUUAGGGCUUGACUCUUUAAAUUCACCGCCCCAUAAUCAUUUACAGCUCAAAGCUCAUGCUGUGACAUAUAGAUACCUGAAUCAAACCGUUUGCAUUGGAAGAAAAGAUUUACCAUCGGGUUAAACAGUAAGCCCUCUGCUGGCUGAUGGGACCACUACAACUCACACAGGGUUGAUGUAAUUCUGGUGGUCAGCAGCAUGUUUUUAUUUUGCUUUUUACUGUAUUUGAGGAUCUUUUUAGAUGUGACUCUACCAAUACAUUGCGGUGUUGGUGACACCUAGAGGUUUGAUUGCAGUUUUGCAGAAUUUGUGGGGCUUAAAUUUGUUAUGUAUGCAAACAAACAAAAACAGAAAACCAGCAUAGACAGAUGUUAACAUCAGGAAACCAGACUUAGUCAACCAUUCACUCUCCACAUCAAAGUCCUUAGAAAUAAUCAGAGAUUUCAGUUCAGAACAAAAACUGCCAGCCGCUGAUUUUUUUUUUUCUAUGGACUUUGGCCUGAGCUAAAAUCACUGACUUUUUCUAUGGUACAGUUAGACUGCGUUGGCCAUUACAGAGGAUGUUGUUCUUCAUCAGAGUCUCCCUCUGUCCAUUCAGAGUCACAGUGUUGUUGACCUGGUUUAAAGUUUACUUUUGUCUGAUUCUGAACUCUACUGUCUCACCUCAGUCGUCUGACGUGAGUUCCUUAUCACGUUACUAAUUGGCACCUUUUCAACCGAGCCGGGGGUGAACUAGACCUCCUCCAUGUUGAACUUGUACUGAUGACUGUGACUCAAACUAAGACUCUGUCCUUUGUGACUGCUUCAAAGCAACGACAGGUCAUGUGAUCACCUUUAGACAGUAUUUUGUGACCUGUUGUUGAACUCCAGAACUUUUGAAUGUGCUGCACUUGCUGGUUAGAUGUGGACAACAUUGUGAAAUGUCUACAAAAAUAUUAACUUUUCGAUCUCUAGUUUGAAACCCAGUUGGUCGUUUCUGACCCUGAAUGUGAAAAAAACACGUUUGUUUUCCAUCUCCCUCAAAGAGUGGUGUCGUUGCAAACAUUCCAAUGUCUCAGAAAUGCCCAUGGUUUUCAGGAACCAAACUAACAUCCGUCUGUGGAACUUUAACACCUGUGAACGACAGUCGGACGUUGACAUUCCUGUUGUUGCAGUGACCACCUCAUGCCAUUGAGUGGUGCUGUAUGUCGAACAGAGAACGAGCCAUCACUCCUUUGAUAAAACCGUUUCCACAGAGCGGUUAGAAAAUGUCACUGUUUACUUCAGCGACAUCUACUUUUUUUGCAGUGAUUUUUGGGUAACAGUUUAAUUCUACCUAAAAAAAAUAGUGUAGAAAUUCAAGACUGUGGGAAAAAUUAUCUUAUUUGUAUGUAUUUUUUGUGUAUUUUCUGACUUUUGCACCAUCUAAUGUCAGACUGACAACUUUUUAGUUGUUUGAAGUUGCUGAAUCGAGUAUUAUUACUUCUUGUCCUCCACAGCGCUACUGUUGACAACAGGAAGUGGUGAAUAAUUGAACUGGGCUGUGCUCUGAUUGGCUGUUACAAGUAACAUACACAGUAUGCUAGAAAAUGUGAAUGAUGCUAAUGCUAGCAACAUUUGGUAGCUUAGCCGCUCAACUGUGACAAUCCUGUAGAAAUGUAAGUCUGUAUUACACACACACUAACACGACUCGCUCGUUUGGGUUUGCUAUUUCCCAUACAACGUUUUUGUUUUUUUAAAUUGUCAACCAGAAGGGGGCGUGGAUGUAGGUAGAGGGGGUGAAGUGCUGUGGCCUCUGUUGCGAGGUGUAAUUUUCUGGUUAACACUUUAAGAUUCAGUCUUAAUGACUGAUGGGAUGUUAGCAUUAGCACAUGCUAACUUCAACUUACAAUGGGAUCAGUGAACGUACAUAGAGAGGAGUCCUUGUUGUCUGAUGCACUUUGAACAGAAGGAAAACAAAAACGUUUGACAUGAAAAAAAAACUCAAAUAGUAGAAUAUAAGUUUAAAAAGUACUUAACUUUAGACUGUGGGUAUAUUUUUCAUAAAAUGUGGUUUUCUUUGUAUAUUUUCAUUGGUUUUAGGUAAAAUGUAAUUUUAUUUUCAUUUUUUUAAUUAAACGUUUCUAAAACGACUUUGUUAUAAAGUCGUUACUGGUUAUAUUUUAAUCUUUUAACUGAAGCAGAUUUUUUUUCAUUGUAACUGUAUGAAAAUGUUUAAAUGGAAAGAACUUUCUCUGCUUGGUCCACAAUAAAUAAAUAAAUCAAAAAAUAAAGAGCA